CUGUGCGAAGUCAGUUGCGGUCCGAGCGGCCAAGUCGUCAGUCCCGCCCUCGGUUCUUUCGCGUUUUCGGUCAGUCUCCGUUCGACGUUCGAACGGUGAAGUGUGUAUUGCGCGUGCGCGCACCGGUUACUGUGGCGUAUUGCGAGGUUAUUAUGGACGCGCCCGGCGGAGCGCGGGAGUCCCGCUUCGGGCUUUACGGUAAUGGUAUGGGAAUCCUAGGGGAAGUGCCUGAUAUGUAUGGUGCUGGCCGCCCUCCGAGUUCCCUUGGCGGUCUGAGGCCUGGCAUGCAACCCUGUCCAGUGCCAAGAACCGGCGUGAAGCGGCCAUCUGACCAGUGUUAUGAUGAGAGGCCUUCUCAAAGUCUUAGUUUGGAGCACUGUGGGAUGCCAGAUAUAGCAGAUGACGGCUAUGCAUCUCUCCAACCAAAAAAAUCUCCUCCUUCUAAUGGGAAGAAGACCAAGGGGCGCGUUAAGAUUAAAAUGGAAUACAUAGACAACAAAUUACGGCGGUACACAACUUUCUCUAAGCGGAAGACUGGCAUCAUGAAGAAGGCUUACGAACUGUCAACACUAACGGGAACACAAGUGAUGUUAUUGGUUGCGUCAGAAACCGGACAUGUGUACACAUUUGCUACGCGGAAACUUCAACCGAUGAUCACAUCAGAUUCGGGAAAGCGGCUCAUACAGACCUGCUUAAAUUCACCCGACCCUCCCACGACGAGCGAGCAGAGAAUGGCAUCCACGGGCUACGAGGAGACCGAGCUAACGUAUAAUGUCGUCGACGACGAUAUGAAGGUCCUGGCUGAUGAUUUGAAGAAGAAGUACAAUAAGGAAGAACCAGCGACUUCUGGCGACAGCGGGGAUGAGAGCGGUAGCGAACCUGACUUUAUGUACAAUCCCCAACAGAACCACAAGGAUUUUAAUUGCGAUAACGAAUCAGUUUCAAAUAAAAGGGAAUCCGAAAACCAGCCGUCUACAUCAUCAGCAAACCAGGAGGAAAGCAAGUCAAGUCAACCGUCACUACCCCGACUACUCCCAAAGAUAGAUCUACCAGGGGGCGCCAUGUUGUACCCCUCAGGGGUCCUAGCUGGCCUGGAAGGUUUGGGGACCAAUUUGGGACUUGGAAAUUUGGCUAUGGGAUAUCCGCCUAGCUUUAUUUUAGGUUUAGCUAAUCAAGGGCAAGAAAAUGCAUCAUCAUCCAACCAGCCACAGUUCAUCACGAUACCACUUUCGAUGGCUGUAGCAGCUGGUGCAGGCGCUCCGAACGGCGCCGGCGCAUCUAGCGACGACAGCAGUGAACUACAGGAUCUUAGUACGGGCAUACGGAAAUGAUUAUAGUCCCGAGAAGAUUUCAUAAUAUCCUCUUAACCGAUAACGUAUAUAAUGUACCAAAGUACUCGUAGAUACGAUUAAGUUCCUUAAAGCUCAUUAUUUUGAAGGUGUGCAUUCAUUUAUAAUCCAUAUAGAUUGUUACAAGAAUUACGUAAUUACCAAAUAUUGCUGUUUAUUCGUUAUAUCAAAUACUCAUGAACGUACUUCAAGCCUUUUGUAUCACUUUACAAUUAAAUAAAUGAGACAACACUUUGAUUCAAAUACGUUUUUGAAUAGACAUAAUAUUUAAACUGUUUUAUGAUAUUGGCAAAAAUUGAGAUAUUUGUGUUAUAUAUAAUUUAAUUCCUAUAAUUUUCUUAUUAGUUAUUGAUAUUUUCCUCGGUUAUAUAUGUUUGUUUUCAUUUAAUGAGAUAGAAUGUCACGUUUAUUCAAUAUAUACUUCCCUAUUUUGUAUGCGGAAACACAGCGUCCAACUUCAUGGCCCAUGAUCCGUCGAGCAUAUUUAAUUAAAUAAAAAUUGUUUUCAAUAAUACACUUGUUUUGCGUGUACAGCCUAGAGUAAGCCCGAUAGGAUAACAGUUUUUGAUAUGUAUCCAGGAUGUAAUUAAUAUUAGCGGUACAAGGACACUCGUCGUGAAUUUGGCGUCACCUUUGUAUAGUACGCCGUAUGAUUAGUAUAAGUGUUAACUAUUUUCAGAAAUACGUGUAUUUUUGUACUAAACUGUGUAAAAUUUGUUGUCCUCUUAUUUAUUACCACGCCUUGUAUUCUUUUCGUAUCCCAAGUGUAUUUAUCCGUUGAUUUAAGUGAAUCAAUCUAAUGUAAUACAAUCUAGUGUAAAACAAGCGAAAUAUACAUACUUAAUUAGUGUCAGCAUAAGCUUCUUUACGUUUUGACAGUUUUCUAUUGCCUAAGUAAUGACAGUUACCAUAAAGUUAGAGACAUAGAGAACACACUAACACAAGCUAUACUUAAAUAAAAAGUUAACGUAAUAGAAAAAGAUUUGAUAUCCAAAAGCAUCACUUCAAACUACUAUAGAAUUGUAUUCGUAAAUACUAUAUAUAGUAAUAUACUACGCGUAUAUACCACACACAUGAAUAAUGUUGCUGGUUUAAGUAUUCGAAAACUUGAACCGAAUGUUUGAAACUGUAGCAAAGUUAGCUAAAGGUAUAAUAGAACUGGAAUCUAUCGAACAAAAAUGCAAAAAGUACCAAGCGGCUAUGUUCGACACAAUUCUUAUUUUUCAGUUUUAUAGUUUCAUGUUUAGGUUCUUAAGUUGCAAAGCAUUUAUUAUUUAAUUUUGUGUCCCUUGCAUGAAUUUUAACAAAUGUUGAUAUUGUAUGUAAAAUGUCGACUUGAUUUAAUUGUAUUACUUAAUUAGUUUUAUUUUAGGCGGGAAAUUCGUAGACUAAGAACUGUCGAGUUUGGUUUGUGUAUUAAAUGUUCCUUUUCACUUAAUAAAAGUUAUAAAAUA